GCCGCAGCGCCGGCGGCUCCCGGCGGCGGCGGGGCUCGGCCGGGCGGGCGCAGCCGCUCCCCGCACCCCGCACCAGCGGCGGGGCAGCGCAGCUGGCAUGGUGCUGGCGGCAGCUCGCCGAGCCCGCGUUGCACGGAGGAAGCCCGAGCGGAGCCGCGAUGGAGAUGCUGCUGCCGCCCGUAUGUACCAAACUUUGUCAUCAGAAGCCGUUGGAUCUGAAAGAUGAUAACACCGAAAUUCACUGUCCUAUUACAGUAAAUCCAUGGCACAUGAAGAAAGCUUUUAAAGUUAUGAAUGAAUUAAGAAGUCAAAACUUGCUGUGUGAUGUGACGAUAGUAGCUGAAGACAUGGAAAUUGCAGCGCAUAGAGUUGUGUUAGCCGCCUGCAGCCCCUACUUCCAUGCCAUGUUUACAGGUGAGAUGAGUGAAAGCCGAGCAAAAAAAGUUCGAAUAAAGGAAGUUGAUGGCUGGACUCUAAGGAUGCUCAUUGAUUAUAUUUACACUGCUGAAAUUCAAGUUACAGAAGAAAAUGUGCAGGUACUGCUCCCAGCAGCUGGUCUCUUGCAACUGCAGGAUGUGAAGAGGACUUGCUGUGAAUUUUUGGAAUCUCAGCUUCAUCCUAUCAACUGCCUGGGGAUUCGUGCUUUUGCUGACAUGCAUGCAUGCACAGAUCUCUUGAGCAAGGCCAACACAUAUGCAGAACAGCACUUUUCUGAUGUCGUACUUAGUGAAGAAUACCUCAAUCUUGGUGUAGAGCAGGUGUGCAGUCUGAUAUCCAGUGACAAACUCACAAUUGCCUCAGAGGAGAAGGUAUUUGAAGCAGUGAUAGCGUGGGUAAACCAUGACAAAGAUGUGAGGCAGGAGUUAAUGGCACGUCUGAUGGAGCAUGUUCGGCUGCCUUUGCUUUCCCGGGAGUAUUUAGUUCAGAGAGUUGAAGAGGAAAUAUUGGUUAAGAACAGCAGUGCUUGUAAAGAUUACCUCAUUGAAGCUAUGAAGUAUCACUUGCUACCAACUGAGCAACGGGCAUUGAUGAAAAGCACACGAACAAAAUUGAGAACACCCGCCAGCCUUCCAAAACUGAUGAUGGUAGUUGGGGGACAGGCUCCAAAGGCAAUUCGCAGUGUUGAAUGCUAUGAUUUUAAAGAAGAACGCUGGCAUCAGGUAGCUGAAUUGCCUUCCAGAAGAUGUAGAGCAGGAAUGGUGUACAUGGGAGGCAUGGUUUAUGCUGUUGGUGGUUUCAAUGGCUCUUUGAGAGUUCGUACAGUAGAUUCCUAUGAUCCAGUGAAGGACCAGUGGACAAGUGUUGCCAACAUGCAAGACAGGAGAAGCACACUGGGAGCAGCUGUAUUAAAUGGCCUUCUUUAUGCUGUGGGAGGAUUUGAUGGGAGUACAGGUUUGUCAUCAGUCGAAGUUUACAACUUAAAGACUAACGAGUGGUUUCAUGUAGCUCCAAUGAACACAAGAAGAAGUAGUGUUGGCGUAGGUGUUGUUGGAGGGAAGCUGUAUGCUGUUGGUGGCUACGACGGAGCGUCACGGCAGUGCCUUAGUUCAGUGGAAUGCUAUGAUGCCAAUUCCAACGAGUGGAGCUACGUCGCAGAAAUGAGCACCAGGCGGAGCGGAGCAGCUUCACUCAAAAGCAACUUUUCAGAGGUUAACCCUCAGUUACUCUUCUUUAGUACCCACUGCUUCUCAGUUGAUCAAUACGGGGACAGAUCUGUUUCCAGCAACAUAUUGGGAGGAGGAACUUCAGAUCCAGAUAUAGGCCAUUUGGGAGGGCUGAGAGAUAUAAGACAGGGUCCUGAAAAAUGGGCAGGAAAGAAAAAUAACAAAGAAAGGAGAACUCAGAAGACGGCAACAAGAGGAUACAGACGGAAGGAGCAAGAAAUAAGGUAGGACCUGGAAACUGGGUGUGGGAUUAAGGGAAAAUGAAGCACCAUGGAGGAACGGAGGACAUUUUUAAAAAUAAGGAGCUAUGAAAGAAAAAGGUGGCAAUGGGGCAGAGGGAAAGCUCUACACACUGAAUAGGAAGGCCAGUAACUAUUGAAGGCAUGGGUGGGGGGAUUUAUGUCAUAUCCCAUAUUUAAACUGAAAAUAUUAGCCCUCCUCCUCCUAGCUCUGUAAUAUUUAAUUCUACAAAAGAUGAAUGUUGUACUAUCCUGUCUAAUGAAGUGUGAUCAGAGUGGGAGAAGGAAAAGUUGUCAUACUAUACUGUGGCAUGAUAGCUAGAAAUAAUAGCAAUAAAAGAGGAAUUAAAUUAACUGGGAAGGAUAUGGGGAAAUGCUAGUAGUGAGUAUCACUGAUAAAGCACUAAAUAGCAUGAUUUAUAAGUGUCCUAUCAAGAAGCUAUUUUUCAGAUUUACAGUACCAAUUAGCUUCCAUGUUUCCUUUCUCUUGUCUUUAAUUAUUAAAAUCAGUCUCUUUAAUAAGAAAAUUUAGUCAUUUCAGCAGGAGUCGUUUGUCUUCACAUAUAGAAAUGGCUCUUAAUUACAAAAUUAGUGAUAUGUUUUUAAAGAUAUUUCAGCUCGUUUUUAAGGUCUCGGGGUUCUUUUUUUUUUCCUUUUUUUUCCUCCUUUUUUUUUCUACCUCCAAUAUUUUUUUUUUCUUUGAGGGACUUACCUGAUUUUUUGCAUUCAUAUUUGUUGUUUCCCUUUAAAAAGAUUUUAAGUGGUUCCAUGAAAUACUUUAUGAGCUAUAUUUGCAAAUCUGUAUCUCUGCUUUGAGUUUCAUAGUCUUAAAUGUGGCAUUUAUUAGAUUUCCCAGUAUACUUUCAUAGAAGUGCUUUUUUAGUUGUCUUUAUGGUCCAUCACUCAGAAGUUUUAAUGCAAAAAAAACCCCUACGUUUCUGAAAUUUAUUAUGUUUUGGUUCUAAUGCGUUAUAAAGGGAGUAAUAAAUAAACAGGCCUCUCUUUCUGCUUCCCCCAUUUCCAUCUUUUCAAUAUGUGCAGCCCAAAUAGCAAGCAGAUAGAUCUAGCUUUACUCACGCCUUCAUUCCAAGCUCACAGAUUGAUAAACUUUUGUUGUAAAGUAAAGGAGACCUUAGGAUUAAAGGACACCCUUUAAUAUCCUUUUGGAUAUUUUGAUAACUGAAGCUUGGUUCAAAGACGCUUGGUGUUCUUCAAAUCCCAGAGAAGGUACUCACUGCUAACUGUUUAAUUAUGUUCCAUCUGUUUACAAGGUAUUCCAACACUUCAGUGGAAACAUCCCUAUUGUAUAAUGUCUAUCCAUUCAGCUUUUAUCCUCUGUACUGCGCAGCUUUUACUUUCUAAAAGUUCACUUACACUUUAUCAUCUUGUCAGAUUUCUGUUAUGCUGGCUGAGCACAUUGUCUCAUUUACUGUCACUUCUAAUUAGUCCUAAAUUUCAACAAGCCUCAUUUUCCUGCACGUCAUUUUUCGUCCAAAAUUUUCUAAAUCUUCUGUUGCAGAACAGCUCUGGUCUUUGUAUGCUGCGAUAUGGUAGAUGGGCACGCAAGGCAUUUUAUCAGAGUCUUGCUGUAGUUACUGUCUCUCUGCUUUAAUGCAUCCUGACCCAAAUGUUUUCUGAAAUAGUUUCCAACAUUGACUUAAUGAAGGAUUUAUGUUAGCUGACAUAUUUGUUGUUUCUCCUUCGUAUCGUUCAAAUAAUUCUCUGGUUAAUUCUGCGUAUUUUCAUAUGUUUGCAGGUGUUGGUGUGUUAAACAAUUUAUUGUAUGCAGUAGGUGGUCAUGAUGGUCCUUUGGUAAGAAAAAGUGUUGAAGUGUUUGACCCCAUUGCCAGUACCUGGAAGCAGGUUGCAGACAUGAACAUGUGCAGAAGGAAU